GCGGCGAGGGGAGGAGGAGGAGGAAGAGGAGGAGGUUCGGAGUCCGUUUCUCCAACUCGUUUGUCCCUCCGGCCGCCCCGUAGCGCCUUCGCCCUCCUCCCCUCCAUCAUGGAGGGACCCGCGGCCUCCUCCGAGGGGCUGCGCUAUGCCGAGUACACCAGGGCCCCUACGGGCACCGGCAAGGGCCAAGCCGAGCUGGACCGAGGGCUGGCCAGAACCAUGAUAGCAGUUGGACUUGGUGUUGCAACUGUUGCAUUUGCAGGUCGCUAUGCUUUCAACCUUUGGAAACCCUUGGAGCAAGCAUUUACAGAGACAGCAAAGAGGAUUUCAACUUCGAGUCUUUCAUCAUACUACAAAGGAGGAUUUGAACAGAAAAUGAGUAGGAGAGAAGCUGGUCUUAUUUUAGGUGUAAGUCCAUCUGCUGACAAGGCCAAAAUCAGAACAGCCCAUAGAAGAAUCAUGAUUUUGAAUCAUCCUGAUAAAGGUGGAUCACCUUACUUAGCAACAAAAAUAAAUGAAGCAAAAGACGUGUUGGAAUCCAGUGCCAAAAACUGAAAUGUGAAGCCUUGUGUUGUAGGAGAUUCAGCAGAUACAUUGUGCAACAGCUUUCAUAUCUGCUUGCUCUGCACAGUUUCUUAACCCAACUUUGACUGUUUCUAUUUUUGUCAUGAUUAAAAAAUUAAGAUUAUUUAAAAGCAAACUGAAGUCUUUCAGUCAUGUAAGUUAUGUACAGUUAUACAUCUGUGAGGAACAAAGAGUUGGAUUUGAUCCUUAUGGGUCCCUUUAAGCUCAAAAAUAUUCUAUAAUUCCCUAUGUCAAUUUUAGUUUAUUUUUAUUGAGCUGUUAUCCAUUGCAAGCUUUGAAAAUGUUCUCCUACUGUCUGUGCUUUUCUUCAGUAGUUACUUUUUUCAUUAAACUUUUGGAGCUUUAAAAAAAUACUUAAAUAAUAGGGUUUUUUCUUCACUGAUGUAGACUGGACCAUUGCCAGAAAAUCUGUGACAGUGUGUUGAGUUGCAGGAAGCAUGGCAGACCCCAAAUGGCAAGGUUUCAGCAUUGCCUUAUACUUGAAUCUGUUAAUUUUGUAAAAGUUCAGGGCUUACUCAUGAGUGCAGUUUGAGAGAUGCUACUCAGAACAAAAUGACUAAUGGGGCAACAGACUCCAGCUUCCUUUCAGUUUGUCUGUGGGGCUUAAAGAUGCAAAGGAUGAGUCUUGGGUUUGGUUAGUUCUUUUGCAUAUUAAAAGACCUAUGAAAUUAUUAAAUAAUUAUUUGGACAUGCUUUUAUUUCAAGCCACAGAGUACAUUUACUCUGUAGCAGCUGGGGUGGUGCAGGGGUUUUCAUGACAGUGGAACUGAGGAAGGUAAAACAGCGUGGCCAGCAGGUCCAAGGAAGUGAUUCUGCCCCUGUACUCAGCGUGGUGAGGCCACACCUCGAGUCCUGUGUCCAGUUCAGGGCCCCUCAGUUCAGGAAGGAUAUUGAGGUCCCGGAGCAGGUCCAAAGGAGGGCAACCAGGCUGGUGAAGAGACUCGAGCACAGAUCCUAUGAGGAGAGGCUGAGGGAGCUGGGGGUGUUCAGCCUGGAGAAGAGGAGGCUCAGGGGAGACCUCAUCGCUCUCUACAACUCCCUGAAAGGAGGGGGUAGCCAGGGGGGGUUGGUCUCUUUUCUCAGGCAACUCUCAGCAAGACAAGAGGGCACGGUCUUAAGUUGUGCCGGGGGAGGUUUAGGUUGGAUAUUAGAAAGAAUUUCUUUAUGGAGAGGGUGAUCAAGAAUUGGAAUGGGCUGCCCAGGGAAGUAGUGGAUUCUCCGUCCCUGGAGAUAUUUAAAAAGAGACUGGAUGUGGCACUCAGUGCCAUGGGCUGGUAACCGCAGCGGUAGUGGAUCAAGGGUUGGACUUGAUGAUCUCCCUUCCAACCCAGCCGAUUCUAUGAUUCUAUGAAGGCAGCUCCAUAUAGCAGAGUUUGGGUGGAUUUUAUAGGUUGUGGUUCUCUAGGUCAGCCCAGUCAUUUCAGCGUGGUAUAGGACAGAGCAAGGGGCAAACAGGACUGAACCCCUCAUGGAGGUUGCUUUGCUUAUGGCUCUGGGUGGAUGUUACAGGGUUAGUUCUCUACUAAUCCUCACAUCUGCAUUAUACUCUGUUUCCCACAGUAUUAUACACACCUCUUUAUGCAGCACCCUAGCAGCCUACAGCUGGCUUUGGGAAAUACUGAAGCUUUGGGUUUCUGAUUUUUAAGAGAGCAAGUUUUAAUUGGCAGCAGAGAGUAGAUGCAAUUUGGAGCACUUGGCUGCUGUAAAUUCCUACCAGUCACUUGGCUCUAGAUGAGUUAGCUGUCCAAAGAGGAUGAUGAUGAGAUGAGACAGUCUAGUGGAUUUAUUACAAGACUGAAAAACUUUCUAGUAUCCAUUCAAACAUUUAGCAUUUGAAGUACAACAAGCAACUCGCUGAAGUAUGACAUAUUUAGAUAUUCUAUCUCCUAGGCUAUUUAGCCAGAGGAAAGUGGCAAAGAGUAGUAAAAUAAUGAAAGCAUCCAGCCUUAUAUUAUCCAUCUAUUCAUCCAGUGGUGGAUGAGCAGGUUAUCGUCUUCCUUCCUUUAAGGAAAAAUUCAUGAUUUUUUUGUUUUUAUUUUUAUUGGGUUCCUCUCACUUUGUCCCAGUUCCCUUACUUCCAUUAAAGAGAGGUGAAAAAAAGUUUAUUGAGCCUGAAAGAAAAUAUUAACUUUAGGUAAGAGACUCCAUUUACAAUUAGAAUGGCAAGAAAUCUGGCACAGCUUGACUGGAUGAAGCAAAAGAAGGCUGCAAGGAAAAACCUGCCUGGGAACAGACAUACAAGUACUUGUGUCAUUUAACUAGUGCUCUACUACAAGAAACUUCAAAUUAAAAGAUAAUGGACAUUAUUCCUGUGCAGUAACCUGGUUUUGUUGGUUUGUUUGUUUAUUUUGUUGUUUUUUUUUUUUUAAGAAGUAGCUACCAAUUAAUGCACAUUUAAGGUUAGUUAUUCCUUUCAGUGGUGCAGUGGUAUAUGUUAGCAAAAACAAAAGAAAACAAAACCUGUAUUUCUAUGAGCCAGUUUUGUUAAAGAUCCGUGUUCCUUUUUUAAAUUAGCAGACUAUAAAACCUAUUGGGAAGCAAAAAAAGAAUUGCUAGAGCUUUUUUGGAUGUUGCUGAAAUAAAAUCUUCUAUUUGCAAAUGAUUAAAAUUUCAUCUACAUUUAAAA